UCCCUUUUAUCUUUUGGCUCAAACCAGACUCUUCCCCCAGAAAACUAAACACAAUUUCCCCUCUGGUUUUAAAUAACAUCACUGCACCAUGUCAACUGGAUCAGCUACUACCUGGACUAAAGAAGAAGAUAAAGCGUUUGAAAACGCCAUAGCCACGCGUUGGGCUGGAGAAUUGGAAGGGAAUAAAACCUCAGAAGAGAUGUGGGAAAACAUUGCUUCAAUGGUUCCAACCAAGAACAUGGAAGACUUGAAACAGCACUACCAAAUGCUGGUGGAAGACGUCGGUGCUAUCGAGUCCGGCCAAAUUCCUAUUCCCAACUAUGAUUCUGUUGCAGAAGAAGCAACUAAAGCCUCUACCAAGGCGAAGGAUCAUUAUCUUCAUCCUCAUGGAGCUACUGGUUCUGAUAGUAAUAAAAUACCCAAUUCUGGUUUUGGAAGUGGGUUUUCUAGGCUCUCCCACGAUUCAUCUGCCCAAGCCACAAAGGGUGGAUCCAGGUCUGAACAAGAAAGAAAGAAAGGGAUCCCAUGGACAGAGGAAGAACACAGGUUAUUUCUACUGGGUCUAGACAAGUUUGGGAAAGGGGAUUGGAGAAGCAUUUCAAGAAACUUCGUUAUAUCCAGGACACCGACACAAGUGGCCAGUCAUGCACAGAAAUAUUUCAUACGAUUGAACUCAAUGAACAGAGAUAGAAGAAGAUCAAGUAUUCAUGACAUAACCUCAGUUAAUAAUGGCGGUGGUGACGUCAUGUCCCAUCAAUCUCCGAUCACCGGCCACCAGACAAACGGCCCUAACCAGAGUAAUCCGCCGGCUUUGGGGCCACCAGGGAAGCACGGGCCUCAGCAGCAUCUGCCCGGAAUCGGCAUGUACGGGGCACCUGUUGGACAUCCAGUGGCGGCUCGUCCAGGGCACAUGGCAUCGGCGGUUGGCACUCCAGUGAUGCUUCCUCAUGGAAUCCAUCCCCACCCUCCUUAUGUCAUGCCACUUGCUUAUCCAAUGGCACCUCCACCCUUGCAUCAAUGACGAUUCUUUUUUCCUUUUUCUAGUCAGAUUUUUGGAUUCACGGAUCAAAAUAAGAAAUUUGAGGCAUAACAAAGAAGAAAAAAAGGUAAAGUUUACAUUUCAACUUUUCCUUUCGCUUAUGAUCCAUCAGGCCGUAUNAUGACGAGUAUAUACCAAUAUAAAAAUAUAACGAGACCUGAAAAGUCGCCCUUUUUCAGCAUUUCAAGGACGAAUAUAUGAAUAUGAAAUCCAAUUUUUAUUCACCCAUGUUUAUGACAGUACAACUGCAAUGAAGUAUGAGCAUUAAUCGAGGGCGCUAAGGAUCCAUUAGCU